CUGCUAAGCUAGCGAGAGAACCCACUUUGACAGUGAAUUCCGGAAACUUACAGGGGCUGGUCUGCAACUGCAUAACCCUAUCUUUUCCUACGCCCCGGCGGUCCGGUCCGGCCACCCACCAUCCCCGGCUUGGGCGUCCCUUGCCCGCUCCGGCCUGCUCCUCCGGUCCAGUGGAGCGCGCCACCGGAUCCCAAGGGCAACCGGCCGUUCGUUCGUUCCCCCGCUCUCCAGUUUCUCCUCCGCCGCGCCUGGCGCCUGCCGAGGUGAUUGUACAAGGCCACACGGAUGCAAAAUGGUUCUGUGUCAGGGAUUACCUGCUGGAAAUGCUCAGCUUCUAGCUUUUCCUGGUAGAUCAUCAAGUCUAAGGAGCACCCAGUUUCAUGUUAAGAAGAAUCAUUUUUCUGCGGGAGCUCUACGAGUUGGUGCAGACUCCGUUCGGCAUGGCAUGAUCACAUCAUUGCCAAAGGAAAAUUCUGUCAAGGGCAUUCCAUCACUAUCAAUAAGGCACAAUCAGCAACCAAGGUCCGUUAGCUGUCAAGCAUCCUCAUUGGCAUCAUUCAGCUACCCGGAGCUGACUUCCAAACCCAGAUGGUGGUGGAGAACACUUGCUUGUGUGCCAUACUUGCUGCCACUCCACAACAUGUGGUCUUACGCCGACGUGAUCUACCAGCUGCACACUUACUUGCAGGGGUUUUCGCUGCUGUACACGUUCAUUGAUACCAUGACGCUGUGUCCUGGGUGGCUCUUCUUGGUGAUAUUUAUGACAGUGUACUUCUUCGUUGUGAGGCGGAAGUGGUCACCACACUUUCUGAGGUUCCAUGUGAUCCUGGCUAUCCUCCUGGACACUGGCUCCCAAGCAGUGGCCACCAUGUGUACCUGGAUGCCAAGCAUCGUGUAUCAAGGGAAACCGAUGCAGUACUUCUGGAUGUCUAUUGCCUUCAUACAGAUAUUCACAGUGCUCGAGUGUAUGCGGUGUGCUCUUUGUGGAAUGUACCCAAAUGUCCCGUUCAUAUCCCACACUGCGUUCAUUCACUCUGAUCUGAACCUGUUCAGAUAGGUGCUUACUAUAUAAGAUCCAGGAUAUUUUUUGAAAUAGCUACUUACAGUUCUAGAGACAAUGUUUUGAUCAUAUUGAAGGGGCUUGUGUACUUCUUAUUAUAUGACCGGCUGGUACAACAUAAUUCGAAUUGCACUGGAA